AUGAACCUAUUUGCAGAAUUCGUUAAUCUUCACUAUUCCCCUUCGGCUGAACAAUAAAAACUUUUAGAUGAAUUUAAUAUUGAGAACUUAACUAAACCUAUUAAUGAACAAGUCAAUCCAUCCAAAUUUAAAGAGUUACAAGAUUACUAUUUAGAUUCCUUCAACAGCACUUAGCCACCUAAAAUUAAAGACACUCUCAACAGAUUUCAUCUUCCAAUAUCAGAUUGGGUCGAUCAACCUCUUUUUUUGUGGGAAAUUCCUCAAGAUGUCAUGGACCAAUUAAAUAGAGGAUACUUUAGAUUAUAAAAUAUAAAACUCAAUCAUGGCUCAGAAUCCAUUAUAGUAACUCAAUAACUAAAACCAUCCCAAGACAAUAUAGAAAAAUCAUCUUUUUCAAUGACUUUAUCAAAAUACCUUGACUAUAUCAGAGAUGCAAGUGAUUUCUUUCGCAAAAAUAAACAAUACAAUGCUCAUAAAUUGCUUUCCUUAUUUGACCUAUAAAUUGAGGGUUGGGAAGAAGAGGCAAAUAAAUUAUAUGAAUAUUUGCCCUAAUGUUUUUUGAAGGAGGAUGGCUUGAGCUUUUUAAGAUCAAAGAUUAAAAAUGUCAAUUAGCUCUCCCUCAAUAUCAUGACUCAAGGAAGUUGGAAAGGGGCAAAGCAAGAACCUGGAGCAGUUAAUCUACUUAACUUAAAUAAUGGACCUGGAGAUUGUUUAUGGAUAGUUAUUAAUCCAGAACACAUGGAAAAGUUGUUCUAAAAUGAAAAGCAUUUUAUUAAUUAAGAAGGUAAUUAUUACUUGAAAAGAGAAAUUCUAAAAAAACAUGGGAUCCCUUAUAAAAGAUUCAUUUAAAAACCUGGCGAUCUAAUUAUUUUAGGAGCUGGAUCCUUCUAUCAAAUUGAAUGUUUAUCUACAACAAUCACUACUGGAUGGAGUUUCUUGGCUAUGAAUUCAUAUUCAUAUCAACAAAUGAUGAGGAGAUAGUAGAUCAACAUCAAAUAUUAAAUAUAGUCUAUUCUUCCUCUAAAAAAUCUAUUUUUGGAUAUUUUCAUUCAUCAUCAGAACGAAUAAUUGAGAAUCUACCUAAAGGAGUUUCUGUCUUAAGAACUUGGGCUAAUAAGUGAUUUGCAGAAAUAGAAGAAGAUUUAGUCGCUAACUACAAAUUAUUCAAUGAGACAACAUUGCUUUUGUGAAGAAUGUAAAGAAGAAGUAUUUCUGUGUUGUUAUUAAAAUUAACAAAAAGUAGUAUGUUUAAAAUGUGACAAAGUUAAAUACUAUUAGGUUUAAUGUAAGUACAAUACUAAUAUUCUAUAACUUAUUUUAUCCUCUUAAGAUCAUCUAAAUUGUUCCUACCACUAUUGUUCUUAAUCUGAGCCAUAAAACCCUAAAUGCACAGCCAAAUUUAAAUAAUAAAAAUAGUAAAACAUCACAAGUCCUUAAUCAGUUGAAGAGAGUUCUACUUCUAAUAUUGAAAAUGUACUUAGAUUUAAGAGUUAUAUAAAAGAAGAGGAAAAAGAAUCUAAUUAAUAUUAAUAAAAAUAGGUUAAAAAAUAAGGUAGAAAGCAAAAUUAAGAGUAAAAAAACGAAGUUAAAAUAGAAUAAGUAGAUCCAAUAAAAGAAUUUAAUCAUAAUAAACCUAAGAUUAAUAAAGCAAAGGAGGUCUUUGAAUCUAAAUAAAAAUAGAAUCAAAAGCCAGGGAGUGUGGUCGAUGAUUAAAAUAAAGUGAUUUAAAUUGUUAACGAACCUCCGAAUCUUAAAACUUAUGCAAUAACAACAAGAAAAAGAUUGUCAUUAUUAGAGAUUAAAAGAGAUUAAGAAAUCAAAAACAAGAAAUAAUUGACAUCUAAACCUAUAAGAAAAUCAGAAAAGCAAAAACAUAAAUUUACCUCUAUUUAUUAAAAAGUUAGAUUGUCAGAAGAAGAGAUGAAUGAGAUUUUAGGUCUCUAAACUUAGCAAACACAGGAAAGGAUUUACAAGAAAGGAGAAAAAAUGUUAACACUUUGA